GGUUCACUUUCAGGAGAUCAUCAUGACUUCCGAAAGAGUUUCUGUGAGAAAGUUGGUGUACCACCCCGACCGAAUUAUUCCACCAAACGCUCAUGUGCCAGACUUUGAAACGUACACAAAGCUGCACAAGAAAUCUGUUGAAAACCCAGAAGAAUUCUGGGGUGAACUUGCUAAAGAGUUUUACUGGGACAGCCCUCCGACAGGAACAAUUCUAGAUUACAAUUUUGAUCUGACAAAGGGGAACGUGUAUGUGAAGUUCAUGGAAGGAGCAACCACAAAUAUCUGUUACAACCUACUGGACAGAAACAUACAAGAGAAUGGCCAGGGAGAGAAAAUAGCUUAUUACUGGGAAGGGAAUGAGCCCGAUGACUGCACCACCAUCACCUACUCUCAGCUCUUAAAGGAAGUCUGCAAGUUUGCCAAUGUCCUACGGACUUUAGGGGUGCAGAAAGGAGACAGGGUUGCCAUAUACUUGCCAGUGAUCCCAGAGCUGAUAUAUGCAAUGCUGGCGUGUGCGAGAAUAGGAGCAGUACACUCAGUGGUGUUUGCAGGUUUCUCAGCUGAGUCUCUAUGUGAGAGAAUAUUAGACUCCCAAUGUAUAUUACUGAUUACUGCAGAUGGUUUCUACAGAGGAGAAAAGCUUGUAAACCUAAAGAUGAUUGCAGACGAUGCUUUGGAAAAGUGCAAAGACAAAGAGGAUUUUGUUGUGAAAAAGUGUGUUGUGGUGCAACACCUUGGUGACAACGUGAAAAACAACCAUGGACAAACUUGCUGUAACAUCCUGCAGUUAUUCUGGAACUGUGACACUGAUAUAUGCUGGGAUGUGCUAAUGAAGGAUGCCAGUGAGCAGUGUGAGCCAGAAUGGGUUGAUGCUGAACAUCCACUCUUCAUCCUCUAUACAAGUGGGUCUACUGGGAAACCCAAGGGCGUGCUGCACACUGUUGCGGGCUAUCUGAUUUACACUGCAAUCAGUUUUAAAUAUGUUUUUGACUACCAUGAUGAUGAUGUGUACUGGUGCACGGCUGAUAUCGGAUGGAUUACUGGACACUCAUAUGUUAUCUAUGGUCCACUGGCAAAUGGUGCGACAUGCGUUCUAUUUGAAGGUCUGCUGCUGUAUCCACACGUUGGGAGACUGUAUGAAAUGAUUGAAAAAUACAAAGUGACAAAGCUUUACACAGCGCCCACAGUCAUUAGGAUGCUAAUGAAGUUUGGAGAGGAACCUGUGAGAAAGUUCAAUCUCAAGUCUUUGAGGAUUCUGGGCUGUGCUGGAGAGCCCAUUAACCCAGAAGCUUGGACAUGGUAUUAUAACAUCAUCGGUAAUGGGCAGUGUCCCAUUGUGGAUACCUUUUGGCAGACUGAAACGGGUGGCCCAAUGAUGACUCCUUUGCCAGCUGCUACACCAUUGAAACCAGGAUCGACUACAUUUCCAUUCUUCGGGGUCCUCCCUGCAAUUCUCAAUGAACAUGGCGAGGAACUGGAAGGAGAAGCUGAAGGUUACUUGGUGUUCAAACAACCUUGGCCGUCCAUACUGCGUACUGUGUAUGGAGAUAAUGAGCGCUUUGAGACAACGUACUUCAAGCAGUUCCCAGGGUUUUACCUGACUGGAGACAGUUGCAGGCGAGAUGGAGAUGGCUAUUACUGGAUCACUGGACGGAUAGAUGAUAUGCUGAAUGUCUCAGGUCACCUGCUGAGCAGCGCUGAGGUGGAAUCAGCCCUGGCAGAGCACAAUGCAGUAGCAGAAGUUGCUGUGGUGAGCCAUCCACACCCUGUGAAGGGAGAAUGUAUCUACUGUUUUGUCACCCUAAAGGAUGGAAGAGAAUUGACUCAGUCCAUUACAGAUGAACUGAAAAACAAAGUACGACAAAAGAUUGGACCAAUAGCAACGCCUGACUUCAUACAAAAUGCACCUGGGCUCCCAAAAACCCGUUCAGGUAAAAUAAUGAGGCGCAUCCUGAGGCGUAUUGCUUGCAAUGAAAAAGAUUUGGGGGAUAUUUCCACCCUCAUAGACCCAACCGUGGUGGAAGUCCUGUUCAGCCAGCGAUGUCAAGCAGCUGCUUAAAAUAAUACAAUGAAUGGUCUGUUCCGAUCAGAUCCCGAAUUCAGCAGGGUGCCUUGAACAAAUUGGUCCAAAUAGGGGCCAGUAAUUGCACUGCACAGAUAUUCUAGCUAUGUGCUUGCUGUUGAAAAAAAAAAUCAUUCCAAAUACUUAAUAACCUGUCUCGUUAAGGAAUUUCUUUAUAUAAACCGCUUUACAACGUCUAAUUGUUUCUUAAAUAAUUCCAGGUUUUUAAGCCUCCUCUACUCUAGCUGGAAGUUUAUUCCACAAAUUGAUCCUUAUGUGAAGAAGAAUUCUCUACUAUCAAUCCUCAUGUUACCUAUUACUGGCUUGAAUUUAUGUCUCCUGUUUCUAUUUGCACAAUUUAAAUCCAUUAGCUUUAUACCACGAACAAUAUUCACAACCUUUUUAAAUUAAUUUCUCCACUCCUUCCUUUCCCAGUUGAAAAACUCAAGUUUCCCCAGCUCCUCCUCAGAGUUUCAGACCUGUGACAAUGGGGAUCAGCUUUCAUUCUCUUUUCUGCACUGACUCCAGUGUAUGAAUGUCGUCCCUGUUUCUCACCGUUCAUCUCAUUUACAUUUAAGACAUUGAUUUCACUUGCAAUAUCACAGCUUGGAGAGGGUAUGCUUCUCACGUUUCCCUUGAGAACACUUAUGUUCAUCUUCAGUUUCAAAUCCGUUUGCAUCUUUUAUGGUUUUCACCGCUUCUCUGACUGCCUUCUUGUGGUUGUGGGUGUAGAAAGAGCUUUUUAAUAUUACACAUGGCCUGAGCUGCUGUGCUUCUUUUCCCCCAAGUCACUCAGCAUUUUCCUGCCUUCAUCCCAGACAGCCCCUUCUCUUUUCUCCCUGCAGGUCCUCUGAGUCUCACUUUUAAUUUGUUUCUUAAUCUUUUUAGGGUCACAUUUGUUUAGUCUGAGAUUGUACAUUUUGGGAACAUAUUGGAUGCUCAGCAUUACGCCCUUUUAUGUAGCAUUGCAUAUAAUUUAACAAAACUGAAACAUGCCAUUCAUCCCAACCAGCUUGUGUUGGCAUUUAGCCUCUGCAGGAGCAAGAACCCUAUUCCCAGCUGCCCAUCCUCUUUCCUUAUCUCUUUAGUUCCCUUUCCCUUAGCCACCUAUCUAAAUUAUUCUUAAAUGUUUUCAUGGUACCUGUUUCAAUUAGUAACCCUAGUAAUGCGUUCUGCAGUCCCACAACUCUCUGUGUAAAAAGCUGUCUCAUGCGCCCGAUCAUAAUCCUUACAUUUCACCUUAUAUCAUUAUCCCCUCAAUUCUAGAUCCCUCAAUCACUGAACACAGCCUAUUCCUAUCUACUCUGUCCCAUCUUUUCAAAUUUCAAAUCGUCCCAUUAUCUUCUGUUCCAACAAAAACAGCCACAAUUUCUCAAGCCUUUCUUCAAAUGGAGGUUUUAUUAUGCAGUGUCUUAAUAAAAUAAUAAUUGUGAUUAAAAAUAGCACGUGAAUAUUUGCGUUUUCCCACUUCCACUUCUCUCCUUCAGGUGACAAAUUCAUUUUGGGAGGGAUGGUCACAAGACCGAGGCUGGGAUUUUCCGGCUCCAUCAUAGCACCAGGAGAUUCAACUGCCAAGCCAAAAGUCCAUUUGGCUCAAUUGGACCAUCCCAGCAGUGAACGGGGCUGGAAAAUCCUGCCCCUAAUCUAAUCCCAUCCACACUCGAUGGUCACGAUUACAAACUCUCCAACACUGAUAGCGGAUUGGGCCGAACUUUUCCCCAUCUCUGCUGGGGCACUGAAACUAUUGUAGUGCCAUUGUUCCUAGCUGAGGUUAGUUAACUCAGUAUAAACCAGACACUGGCAUGAUGGGCCCAAUGGCUUCCUUCUGUGCUGUAUGAUCCCAUGAGAACAAAAGAAUAUACCAGGGACUUCCAGGUUGACACCUCAUCUAGCACCUUAAACAUUCACUCCCUCCAUCACCAGUGCAUAGUGGCAGCAGUUUGUAUCACCUGUAAGAUACACUGCAGCAACUCACCAAGACUCCUUUGACAGCACCUUCCAAAUCAACAACAUCCACUACGUGGAAGAACAAGGGCAGCAGGUGCAUGGGAACACCAUCACCUGCAGUUCCCCUCCAAGCUACAUACCAUCCUGACUUGGAACAACAUCACCGUUCUUCACUGCCCCGAAUCAAAAUCCUGGAACUCCCUCGCUAACAGCACUGUGGGUGUACCUACACCACAUGGCCUAUAGUGGUUUAAGAAGGCAGCUCAUCACCACCUCCUCAAGGGCAAUUAGGGAUGGGCAAUAAAUGCUGGCCUAGCCAGCAACACCCACGCCCCACAAAUGAAGAAAAAAUGUAUUACAUAAUGUUGUGAAUUUGUCAACUGAGCUAUCAGGUAGUAAUCUUAAUAUUUGUGAUGAAAUGAACAAUUAGCACCUG